GGUCCCCGUGCCCCGGGCGCCGCGGCCAUGGCGGCGUCCGGCAGCGGCCUGGCUCAGAAGACCUGGGAGCUGGCCAACAACAUGCAGGAGGCGCAGAGCAUCGACGAGAUCUACAAGUACGACAAGAAGCAGCAGCAGGAGAUCCUGGCGGCCAAGCCCUGGACCAAGGACCACCAUUACUUUAAGUACUGCAAAAUUUCGGCAUUGGCUCUCCUGAAAAUGGUGAUGCACGCCAGAUCAGGAGGCAACCUGGAGGUGAUGGGUCUGAUGCUGGGCAAGGUGGACGGGGAGACCAUGAUCAUCAUGGACAGUUUCGCUUUGCCUGUAGAGGGCACCGAGACCCGAGUGAAUGCUCAGGCUGCCGCCUACGAGUACAUGGCCGCCUACAUAGAAAACGCCAAGCAGGUUGGCCGCCUUGAAAAUGCAAUUGGCUGGUAUCAUAGCCACCCUGGCUAUGGCUGCUGGCUUUCUGGGAUUGAUGUUAGUACACAGAUGCUUAACCAGCAGUUCCAGGAACCAUUUGUAGCAGUGGUGAUUGAUCCAACCAGAACAAUUUCUGCAGGAAAAGUGAAUCUUGGAGCCUUUAGGACAUACCCAAAGGGCUACAAACCGCCUGAUGAAGGACCUUCUGAAUACCAGACCAUCCCACUCAAUAAAAUAGAAGACUUCGGUGUACACUGCAAACAAUACUACGCCUUAGAAGUCUCAUAUUUCAAAUCCUCUUUGGAUCGCAAAUUACUUGAACUUUUAUGGAAUAAAUACUGGGUGAAUACACUGAGUUCAUCUAGCUUGCUUACUAAUGCAGACUAUACCACUGGUCAGGUAUUUGAUUUGUCUGAAAAGCUAGAGCAAUCAGAAGCCCAGCUAGGACGAGGGAGUUUCAUGUUGGGUUUAGAAACGCAUGACCGAAAGUCAGAAGACAAACUCGCAAAAGCUACAAGAGACAGCUGUAAGACCACCAUAGAAGCUAUCCAUGGAUUGAUGUCUCAGGUCAUUAAGGAUAAACUAUUUAAUCAGAUUAACAUCUCUUAAAUAAUCACUGAGUCGUGCUUUUGCCUGAAAGUUCAUAUGUGAAGAAGACUCAACCCUCUUAAAACCAGUUACCAAAAAUCUGAUUAGUAGUACAAGGUGCUCUGAAGUGUCCUGGAUAUUACCAUUCUAUAAUAAAGCUCUAUAAAAUGA